CCUAGAUGGGAAGCCAUGGUGUGGAACAAUAAAACAGCCCCGGUCCUGGGCUCAGCACCUACCCACUGCGUCUUCCAAGAGAACUUCAAGCAUCUGCUGCUGCCACCGGUGUACUCAGUAGUGCUCGUGGCAGGCCUCCCACUGAAUGCCUGUGUCAUCGUCCAGAUUGUCAUGUCCCGGCGGGCUCUGACCCGCACAGCUGUGUACACGCUGAACCUGGCUCUGGCUGACCUGCUGUACACCUGCUCCCUGCCCCUGCUCAUCUACAACUAUGCCAGAGCUGACGACUGGCCCUUUGGUGACUUAACCUGCCGCCUGGUUCGCUUCCUGUUCUAUGUCAACCUCCACGGCAGCAUCCUCUUCCUCACCUGCAUCAGCUUCCAACGCUACCUGGGCAUCUGCUACCCUCUAGCCCUCUGGCAUAAGCGUGGGGGCCGCCGGGCUGCCUGGCUAGUGUGCGGGGUUGUGUGGCUGGUGGUGACCACCCUGUGCCUGCCCACAGCUGUCUUUGCCACCACAGGCAGUCAGCGCAACCGCACCGUCUGCUAUGACCUGAGCCCACCUCACCUGGCCUCCCAAUACAUGCCCUAUGGCAUGGCCCUCACAGUCAUUGGCUUCCUGCUGCCCUUUAUUGCCCUGCUGGCCUGCUACUGGCGUCUGGCCCGCCACUUGUGCCUGCAGGAUGGCCCAGCAGAGCCCGUGGCCCAGGAGCGACGCAGCAAGGCGGCCCGCAUGGCUGUGAUGGUGGCGGCCGUCUUCGUCAUCAGCUUCCUGCCUUUCCAUAUCACCAAGACAGCCUACUUGGGGGUGCGCUCGACACCCGAUGUCCCCUGCUCCGUGCUGGAAGCCUUUGCAGCCGCCUACAAAGGCACGCGGCCCUUCGCCAGUUUCAACAGCGUAUUGGAUCCCAUCCUCUUCUACUUCACCCAAAAGAAGUUUCGCCAGCGACCCAAGGAGCUGCUACAGAAACUCACGGCCAAAUGGAAGCGGCAGGGCGGCUGA